AUGGCGGAUAUCGAGGACACAUCGGUUGUCCUGCAAGGCCUUGGCACGAUCAGCAGCCUAGAGGGUCUGGAGGACGAUGGGUACCUCAGCGACGAGGACACAUCGCUGAGCAACGAGCUGGCGGAUGCGCAACGGCAGUGGGAGGAGUCGCUGCAACAGUUGAGCAAGCUGCUCAACUGGGUGCUGCUGCCCCUGCUGGGCAAGUACAUGGGCAGGAGGAUGGCCAAGACGCUUUGGAGCCGGUUCAUCGAGCACUUUAUAUAA